AUGUACAAAGAAUUCUAUAUCGGAUGUCAGAACAACGUACACUCGCACCGUCUGGAUAUGUCAUCCUUCACCAGCAUAGAGCAACUCACGACGACGCUGGCGAAAGUUUUUGGAUUUGUUGAUACAAAAUCGUUAUGGCUCGUCGAUCAUAAAGGAAGCCAUCUUUCGACUUUGAAAGACGUGCAGGAGACCAAAGACAAUGUUGAAUUGCGAGCAACCUGCCACGUGCUCGGAAACUACGACCGGUUGUUCUCGCUCUAUGGCCCGAUGAUCAAGACUGUCAAUAUGGGAACCACCAUUUAUCACACCAAUGAUCCCGCGAUUGCCCGUCAUCUAUUGCGCGAAGACGGGUUCUUCACCAAGUCAACGUCCGACUCAUCACACCCACUUCACUAUAUGGCCGAUCAAGACUGCCUCUUUACGUGCGACAGUGCAUCCCCUGCUUUUGCGCCGAGCCACAAAUUUGUACCGCCAACAAUGUCGCCACGCGCUGUGGCUCACUUUAUGCCGCUGAUCCAAGACGCCGCGCAGUCCAUCUUUCCGGCAUUUGACCAAUUGGCCGAAGCCGAUCUGGCGGUAAAUGUCUAUCAAUACAUGUUCAAGCUUGCAUCACAAAUCGUCUGGCGCGUCAUGUUAAAUCAAGACCUGAAGCACUUUGAGUCGCCCAAGACUCCCCCAUCGGUACCUAUCCGGCUAUUUGGCCAGUAUCUCUCGCUGAUGAAAAAAUCAUCCAUGCAGCCACAGUGGUUCAAAUAUAUCCCCUUUGGAGUCUCUACCAAAUUGAAAAACGUCCGUCAGCAGGUGCUUGACACCACCGAAGAGGCCAUGGACGUCAGCAUCCAAAAGAACGGCCCACCUCUAUCUUUAUCUGACCCCAAGGCAAUUCAAGGCGCCACAUGUGUGGCUGAUUUCCUAUAUCGCGCCCGUGAUAAAGAUGGAAAAGGACUGCCGUAUAACCUAGUACUUGGCAACGUAGUGGUAAGCUGUGGCGCCGGGUUCACCACCAGUUCAUCUCUACUUUCCUGGGCUUUAUAUUCCCUCGUCCGAUACCCUGGAAAUCAGGAACGUUUAUUCGAGGAGAUAGCCAGCCAUCGUGGAAAUGUCGACAAACGCUGGACGUAUGACGAAAUCCACGACAUGAAAUUUCUGGACUGUUUCGUCAAAGAAGUUCUCCGUCUCCACAGCCCCAGCUUUCAGACAGCACGCAACGCCAAACAAGACGCAAUUCUGCCGGGAGGGUACUUGAUACCAAAAAACUCCAUUGUCAUUGCGUGUUUUCCAAGUAUACACAAGAACCCAGCCCACUGGGAUAAUCCUCUGCGCUUUGACCCUGACCGCUGGGCACAACAAGGUCUCGCGGCGCAGAUGGCCCGCCAAGGGUCUUACACGCCAUUUGCAGCGGGAGGCCGCGGCUGCGUGGGGUUCAAUUUGGCGCUCACACAGGUCAAGGUAGUUCUAGCAGAGCUGGCCUAUCGAUACGAGUUCGACGACUCGUCGCCCGAGGCGGUCAUGUAUGAUCCUGAGUUCUUGGUCGUGCGGCCAUUGAACUUCUACGCGGGGAUAACGAAGCGGGUACAUUGA